GAUGGGAUGCUCUACGAGUUCCCAAACUUCAGCGAUAGACACGACUCGACCCGGUGCUAAGCCCGAGGAGAGCAACGGAGCCAGCACUACAGGGGCGGCCAAUGAAAAUGGCAAAGUAGCCGAGGACAGUGAAACAAUUCCGGACCAAACACCUGCUGACGGCGGCGAUGCUAAACCUGCUGAUGAACCCGCUGCAGCUGCCACAUCCGCAGACAACACCGCUGCAGUUCCGCCAGCAGCAGAGGAGCCUCAGCCUGAAGCAGCCAGUCCACCUGCAGAGGCAGCAGCAGACAGCACCACUGAGGCAGCUGCAGCUCCAGAGCAAGAAAAAUCGGAGGCCACUGCGACUGAUUCAGAGCCCAAAACAGAGGAGGCACCAGCUCCUAGCGAGUGAAGUGCAAUAUGAAUGACUGCGCAGAUUAAUUAUUUGGAAGAGUCUCACCUUGUUUGUAUGCGUGAGUGAAAGUCUAAGUGUGUGUGUGUGUGCGUGUGUGUGUGAAAAAGACAUCACCUUGUUGCCAAGAUGCAGACCCUGUGAUAACCACUUUCAGUCAGGGUUCCUCAGUCAUCACUGUGCCUUCUUCCCCUCAUGAUGGUGUAUGGCUGCAGUUUCUGCUUGAAAACUGUACAUAGACAGAGUCUUACAGCACUUAGUGGGUGUGCUUACAUUCAGAAGGUGUAAUCAUUUCAGAAUAUCUUAAUUUAAAUUUCUAUUUAUUAAGUGUAUAGAAAUUUAUAAUGUCUUUAAUCCAACUUCAACCCUAAGAGUUCAUUCUGUAGUUUUCUAUAAAAUUAUAAUUAUUAUUUAAGGAAACCAAAGCCAAAAUAUAUUAGAUUUAUGAAAUGAUUUUCUGUUUGGGUAGCUGGCUUUGAUUUUACAACCAUGUUUGUAAUGAAUAUGAAGAGCUGGUCCAGUGCAGGUUUGCUGAAUACUGAUUUUAACUAUGAGUAUGAGAUAAGAGUAAAAGUGAGAGCAUUUUUUUUUCUGAUGUGUCAUGAUACCUCUCUGGAAAGAAAACCUAAAAUCUGUAAUAAGCUAUUAACUGUCAAAAUAUUAAAAAGGCCACC